AUUUAGGGAAAAGAGCGUGUAAAGGGAGCCUUCCCCUCUCCUGCCGUCUUCCGUUCCAACUGCCUGGCUCUGGGGGGGCUGGGAGGGGGGCGGCGCUGCCGAGCUCGCGUCCACCUUCUGGGACCCUCCGCUCACUGCGCAACGUCCUCCAGAGCUCUCGGAGGGCUUUGGAAGGGCAGGUCCGAGUGGGAACACGGGUCUCUCCGUUGUGUGGAAAUUUUCUCAGAUUCUUGUCCUUGUGCUACUAAAAUCAUCCCUAACUAAAGAUGCAUCCAGACCUGUCUCCUCAUCUGCACACUGAAGAGUGUAACCUAAUUAUCAGUCUGCUCAAGAAGUGUCACAAGGAGCACAAUGUUUUGAAGUUUUUUGGCCAUUGCAAUGAUAUUGAUCGUGAGAUGAGGAAAUGCUUAAAAAAAGAGUUUGAAGAAAACAGGCGCAGAAACCGGGAGAAACGACAGAGGAUAAUAAAUGCUCACAAAGCCUCAGAGAAGUGAGCUGUGCUGUGGCUGGACAGCUGCAGCUCCACAGGGAUACUCACUUGCAAGCUGACAGAAUACUUGUGUUUCAUCACCAGUGCCCAACCUGUGGUUUGUGAAAUGGUGACAAAAUAAAUGCAUCUAAUAUGUAUUCAUUCCCAACAAGGCAAACAAUGUGAAAAAAUAAAUACCAUACAUUGCUCACAACCUAACUUAAUUUUUGACCUCUAAAAGAAAACUAUGGUGGCAAGUCUGUUCUGGCAUUUUUAUGAUUGUUAAGUAAUGAGGAAUUGGUGUGUGUGAGGUACUAUGUGUUCAGGGCAGCUGUGUUCCCCACUCUGUACUGAGUCACAUUUAUUUCCUUGUGUUUAGAAGUUUCUCUUUCAUAUCAUGGGUUUUGUAGGUUUUUUUUGGUUUGUUUUUCAUUGCAGAACACUAAAUUACUUUUUCCAUCACUUUUUGUACUGUAAUUAUAACACUUCUUAAAUGGAUUAGGAAAAAGAAAUUUUAAACAGAUGUGGCUUGAAAUUGGAAAUUGCCUAUCAAGGAAUAAUUGGAGUUCUGGUAUUUUUAUUGGAGCUAAAAGGAUGAAGCUACUGUCUUCAGCUGAGAAGAUUACAAAUCCUCACUGCCAACCAUAUGUACUGUGUAGACUGUUGUAAGACAAUUUGUUCAUCAUACCUAAAACAAGCGGCUUUAGAAAUUCACAAUGGAACAUUUCCAGAGAUUUGCAAAGCUUCCCCUUGAUUUUUGUUGAGUACAAUCAGUGUGUGCUGAGUGAUUUUUCAAGAGGAGUGCUGCCAGAAAUGUAAGCUGAAGUUCUUCCAUUUUCUCUGGUACAAAAGUAAAGUCACAUUAUGACUAUUGAGGUUGAAGCACAGCUGACACUGAAGAAAUAUGUAACUUUCUCAGGCAAGUCAAUGUGUAUUGUGUAACCAAGUUGCCUUGUUAGCCUAUAAAAGGUGUUUAUUUUCCAUCAAACUGCUGAAAGCCCAGAUCAAGUCUUAAGAAUCCAGAAGAUUUUAUAUCAAAACAUACACUGGUUUGUCCACUGAUGGAGUUGCUUCUCUGUGUGUGCUGGAUUCGCCUUACUUUUAAAUAAUGACUCUGUUCUGCCUACCAGCAAAAUACUUUUUAAAAACUAUAAAUAUUGUUGAGCCAAAUAUACAAAGUAUCUAGAAGGUGCCUAUUCUACAGUGAAUUACAUGUUGUUGUAAGAAUCAUUGUUGAUACUCAAUCUUGAAAUUGGUAUGUACCCUUGUUUUUGGAAGAAAAUGGUAUUUUGUGAGCUGUUUUGAAGGGUGAUUUAAAAUAAUUUUUGUUAUUUUUCAAUACCUGGAUGGACCCAAUUAAAUAGUUAAAAUUAAACCAGAAAUGUUUUCAGUGAAAGCUCCAAGCAAA